AGAAGUGUGUCAAAAUUUAAGUUUUUCCUGUGUCCUCUGAUCCGGAUAUAUAUACAUUUUUUUGUCUUUCCAUGGUGCAUGCAUGCCAAAGAUGUCAGAAAAGUUGAAGGGCAAAGUUGAAUGUUCUGGUAACAAUAGUAGUGAAGCCGAAGAAUGUAGCCUCCCUUUGGAGAAACUGAACCUUGGUCCAAGAAAGAAGCUUAUUGUUCUUAGCCUUGGAGGGUUGCUUUGUCAUAGGGUACACCGCUACGAAAGAGCCAAAAUACCAAGCUUCCGCUAUGUUGAUGCAUCAUAUGGAAGCUUUCGGGUUUACAAAAGGCCACACUGUGAAGAUUUUAUGAAAUUCUGUUUAGAAAGAUUUGAUGUUGGAAUAUGGUCUUCUGCAAAGGAAUGGUAUUUGGACAAUGCCUUGGAUUGUGUGAUGAAAGGACUGAGAAGUAAACUGGUAUUUGCUUGGGAUCAAGUUAAAUGCACUGAUUCUGGGUUCAAGACCUUGGAGAAGAGAGACAAGCCUCUCUUUCUGAAGGAGUUGAAGAAGGUAUGGGAAAGUAAGUGCUCCAAAACCAGAUCUUCAUCUACUGGGAAAUAUUCUUCAUCAAACACACUGUUGAUGGAUAACCAGCCUUACAAGGCCCUGCUAAACCCUCCUCACACAGCUAUCUGUCCUGCUGAAUACAAGGUUGACCAAGUUGAUGACAUGGCUUUAGGUCCCAAGGGUGAGUUGAGGCUUUAUUUGGAUGGACUGGCAGAUGCAGAUGAUGUUCCUUCUUAUGUUAAGGAGCAUCCAUUUGGCCAGCCUGCAGUAACUACUGCCCAUUCUGAUUGGGGUUACUAUUCAAAGAUUAUCAGUCGUUUUCAGAAGGAUUGAGCAGCUGCCAAAAAAAAAAAAAUUCCACUGUGAUGAAGGGUUAUGUUGUUUAAUUAUUUCAGUUGUUGAUUUUGAAUUUUGAACUAAAUUUGGCCUUGUUUAGCGGCAGUGUGUCUUGUGCUUUCGAACGUUCUAUUAAUGUAGCUCUGUUUUGAUUUAAUGCAUGCAUGCAAGUUUGUUUUAA